CCUUGGUUAAACAUAAGGGCUAACUAUGCAUUUCUUUCUUUUUGCUAGCAGUGACAAGACAACGCCUGGACCUCUGCAGCCUCUCUUGCGUUAUUCUGGCCUGUCCACAUUGUUUCUGUAGCUUUUGUGUCUAUUGAUGGCUAAUGAAGAGGGAUGUUCAGUCUAAUGGCCAAUUGCUGCAGCUGGUUAAAACGGUGGCAGGAACCUGUCAGGUGACACUAAUAAUGGUGGGUCUUGAUAACGCUGGUAAAACUGCUACAGUCCGAGGAAUUCAAGGAGAGUCUCCUGAAGACGUGGCUCCAACCGUUGGGUUUUCCAAGAUUGACCUUAAACAGGGACGCUUUGAAGUCACCAUCUUCGAUUUAGGAGGUGGAAAACGAAUUCGAAAUAUCUGGAGAAAUUACUAUGCUGAGUCCUACGGUGUAAUAUUUGUUGUGGAUUCCAGUGACAUUGCAAGAAUGGAAGAAACGAAGCAAGCCAUGAUAGAAGUUUUAAACAGCCCGAAGAUAUCAGGAAAACCCGUGUUAGUGUUGGCAAAUAAGCAGGAUAGAGAAGGAGCUCUGUCAGAAGCAGAUGUAAUCGAGUCCUUAUCUCUGGAAAAGCUUGUCAAUGAACACAAGUGUCUAUGUCAAAUUGAACCUUGCUCAGCCAUCAUGGGCUGUGGGAAAAAAAUCGAUAAAUCAAUCAAAAAGGGUUUAUAUUGGCUUCUACAUAUCAUAGCAAAAGAUUUUGAUGCCUUAAACGAGCGCAUCCAAAGAGACACUACGGAACAAAAAGCAUAUGAAGAACAAAAGAAACUAGAAAGAGCUGAGCGAGUGAGAAGGAUACGAGAAGAAAGGGAAAGAGAAGAAGGAAGAAGUGUACCUGAUGAGGAAGACCCCGAGCCUGGGAACUCUCAAAACCCCUUCCAGCCUAUAUCUGCUGUAAUCUCUGAGAAUGAAAAGCAAAUUGAAAAGGAAAAGAAGCGGCAAAGGUUGGAGACUGAAAAGGCUACAACUGCCCUGAAAUCUCAAACAGAACAGGAACAAAUGGAUGGCCAUCACUUAUCAAAUAGCAGUAGCCAAAACACAGAUGACAGUAGAUUAGAAGCGUGCAAUUCUACAACUGCACAGCUUUUGCAGCAUGAAGCAGAGAACGAGCAGCAAGCCUCAGAAUGCCUUGACUCAGAAAACAGCAAGAAAAAAAGUAAAAAACCAAAAUUAAAAAGGGGCCACAGAGUAGAACCUGUUAAUACAGAGGAUGCUGUUCCCAAAAAUCCUACACCACCACCAACUCUUCCACCGGUUGGCUGGGGAACUCCCAAACUUAAUAGACUUCGAAAACUUGAGCCUCUUGGUGAAACACAUCAUGCUGGCAUAUAGAGAGAAGGCGGCAAGAAAGAAAAGCCAGACAAAGAGAUUUCUAUGGAAAGCCUUUGCCCCCACUGACUCUACGCCAAAGACCCAACAGUGAUACCCACGAUGUCAUUGCUUAACUGGAUCAUAAACAGCAUUUAUAAAACAUCAUCCAAAUAUUAUUUCAGAAAUAUUUUUUUUUUUUGCUCUUGAAGGAAAGUUUAAAAAAUCACACACUUAUCAGCUGGCUACGGAAUAACUUGGUGACAAUUAAACAUGGAGUUUGUUCUGUCGUA